UGUUUGCGUUUUUUUGUUAACUACCAGAUAAAGCAUGGCUAAAAGCUUACGCAGUAAGUGGAAAAGGAAGAUGCGUGCCGAAAAGAGAAAAAAGAACGCCCCAAGGGAGCUCAACAGACUUAAAAGUAUUCUCAAAGUUGAUGGUGAUGUUUUAAUGAAGGAUGUCAGCGAAAUAGCAACUGUGGUGGUACCCAGACAGUGCCAGGAGAAAAGGCAGUGUGGAGCCGAUGAUGAAAAGGAUGACAUGAAGAUGGAGACUGAAAUUAAAAGGAAUAAAAAGACACUUCUAGACCAGCAUGGCCAGUACCCAGUGUGGAUGAACCAGAGGCAGAGAAAGAGACUGAGGGCAAAGAGAGAAAAAAAGCGGGGGAAAAGCAAAGCCAAGGCAGCGAAGGGCCUGGCCUGGUAGACCCUUAAAAACUGGAGAGUAUUACACGGGACAGAACUUCAGUUCAGACUGUCUUCAGAUUUCAGCUGUCAUUAAAUGGAAGUUAUUUGUUUUCAUAUUUUAGUUUGGACUUAAUUCUGUAGUUUAAAACAAAAAAAUAACUCAUUUCUGUUGGGUACUUAAAUAAAAUUACUUCUCUGAUGAAAGAACGUUAUGCUGAAAUUGUAAUUGGAUACUGCCAAUAUUUUAGUAUUAUCAGACAUCUCAAUCUUGUGAGCAUUAAUGUGGCUCUAAUUGAUCUUACAAUAGCAAUUAUACUCAGUGCCUCAGAUUAAAACAUGCUUAUGCCAACAAAAUUUGGACAGAAAGCUAUUACAUUGUCAUAUAUAAAAAUAGCAUGUCAAGGGGCUGAAAGAGUGGC